GUUAACAAGUCCCACGCGAGUUUGUCCUGACUCUCAUCCCACAAACCUGGCUGUUUUUUUAACAACAUCGUGCCAGUCUAAGACAUUGCACAAGCAGAAAUAUUAAUUUUCAGUCGCCUAAGGGUCGUGCAAUGUUAAAAGCUUAAGAACAAGACACAGUCACACACACACACAGAGGGAGAGGGAGAGAUUAAAACACUCCUAUUCUCGAAGCAAACUCGGCGAGUUCAACUUCAGAUGAGAUAAAAGGCAUGUCUGGUGGAGUGAGCAAAGUACAGAGUCAGCAUGGGAGGUGGACGGUGUCGAGCAGUGAUGAGGAAGAUGCCGAGCCUGCCCAUCCAACAGGAGGCCCCCUCCCACUCCCACAGUCUGUCAGGAAAGACUACGUGUCAGACUCGGAUGAGACAGUAGUGGAUGAGGGAGAUUUGGAGGUAUUUCACUCUGGCCAGGGCAAUGCUGCUUCCAGCAGUGGACAUUCAGGAUUCACUCAUUCCAGGCUUCAGACGUCCACUGCUGGCAAAGCAAGACAGGAAUGUUCUGUGACCCCUGCCCGGCGCCCCUCUCCUGCUGUCAAACGGCCCAGACCCUCACCUGAAUCGGGCUGGGGGGUCUCCAGCAGUGAUGAGGAGCCUGACGUCAAAGCAAGUGAUCGGCAGAUCAAACAGGAGUCAGUUGACCCAGCAAACCCUGGUCAGACAGAGAAAAAACCACGCCUGGAAGUGACGGACUAUCCUUCUCCCUCGGUCAGUUCAAAAGCGACUUGGCAACCCAAAUUGGAGAGUGGCUCUGAGCCCUUAGACAAGUGGGAUAUGCUGGAAAAAGCUAAGAAUUUCAGCUUUUAUCUGACCAAAGUCUCAGGCAUCCCGGCCAAGGCCAAUCGUGGAGCCCUUCAUAUAAAAGAUAUUUUAUCUCCACUCUUUGGGACGAUUAAGGCAUCAGCUCAGUUUAAUUACUGCAUUGACAUUCCUUGGCUGGUAAAGCAGUACCCUGAAGAAUUCAGGACAAAGCCUUUACUGAUUGUCCAUGGAGAGCAACGUCAGUCUAAAGCAGAACUGCAUGAGGAUGCACAUCCAUAUCCCAACAUCCGUCUCUGCCAGGCCAAGUUGGAGAUUGCCUAUGGGACUCAUCACACGAAAAUGAUGUUACUCCUGUACGAAGAGGGUUUUCGAGUCGUGAUCCACACGUCUAACUUGAUUCACGAUGACUGGCAUCAAAAGACACAGGGGAUAUGGCUGAGCCCUUUAUACCCCCGGUUGCCAGAGGGGAGUCCUGAAACAGCGGGUGAAUCCAUGACGAACUUCAAACGCGACUUGAUUGAUUACCUGGCGGCUUACCGAUCCUCUGGGCUUGGGGAGUGGAUCGCUCAUGUAAAGCAGCACGAUUUAUCAGAAACCAGAGUUUAUCUCAUUGGUUCCACUCCUGGCCGUCACCAAGGUAACGAGAAACAAAAAUGGGGUCACUUAAAACUUGGCAAGAUCUUGAAUAAUUGUGCAUCUCCCGUGACGAACCAAGAGUCGUGGCCCCUCAUUGGCCAGUUUUCCAGCAUUGGCUCCUUGGGAGCUGAUGAAACAAAAUGGCUGUGUUCAGAAUUUAAGGAGAGCCUCACAAUGCUUGGUAAAAGCCAGGGCAGCCAGAAAGUGCCUCUUCAUUUGGUUUAUCCGACUGUUGAGAAUGUCAGAACAAGUUUAGAGGGAUACCCAGCCGGGGGUUCUCUACCGUAUGCCAUCGCUACUGCACAGAAACAACCUUGGCUGUCUUCGUUCUUCUGUCGAUGGUCUGCCGAGGUCACAGGUCGAAGCCGUGCCGUACCACACAUCAAAACGUACAUGAGGGCUUCCCCGGACUUCGGAGAGCUUGCGUGGUUUGUUGUCACGAGUGCCAAUCUGUCAAAGGCUGCCUGGGGAACUCUAGAAAAGAAUGGCUUUCAGCUGAUGAUCCGCUCAUAUGAACUGGGAGUUCUGUACCUGCCCAAGGCCUUCGGGAUAGAAACUGGCCGAUUUUCAGUAUGCCAAGAUCGAUUACCAGACUGUAAGGUGUCGGAGCUGUCAUUCCCUGUCCCAUAUGAUCUUCCUCCAGAACACUACAGCAGCAAAGAUCGGCCAUGGAUCUGGAACAUCCCAUAUCUACAUGCCCCUGACACCUACGGAAACGUCUGGGCCCCCUCCUAACUCCUGGCCUCUUGCUGCCACACUUAUGAAUUGUUUCCCACAGGGAAGGAUUGAUGAGCCGCAUUUUGAAAUCAAGCUUGCUGAUCAUAUGCCAAUUUGCUGAGUGCUUCAGCAUUUGGUCUUUCUAAUAUGGAUCGUACAUUGUUUUUUGCAGAAUAAAGUUUUUGAAUUAA